AUGAUAUUAUACAAUACCAUCACCACCCUCACAUCUCUCCUUUUAACAAUCAAACCCUCAAUCGCCGCUCCAGCAGCAGUAGCAUCCUCAAAUCCUCUCCGAGGAGGUGAAAACCUAAUCGGCUAUUCACCCACCAACACAAUAUCAAACGAGAACACAGAGACAAUUUCCUAUCAGCUCGCUGCGGGACAGACUGAUGCCGCAAAUUUGGGGGUGUACCUGAACUUUGAAGAUGUUGAGAAUCCGCAGCCUAUUCGUGGGAGUACGGGAGGUACUGACCCUGGGCCUCGUAAUGUUGAGAUGGAGAAAAUGUAUUCUGACAAGCUUGCACCUCCUGGGACUGACUCUGGAGCUACCAUCAAUGCCCAAUGGCCAUUAGCUCUCAGCGGCGUGACUCUAGGAAAAGGCAAAUCCGGCUGGUCCCGUCAACAAAACAUUGACGUCCUUCCGGCAGCCACCGAAAUGGCUGGCGUGAACAUGAGACUCGAAGCAGCCGGAUACAGGGAGUUGCAUUGGCACGUUGCGGCCGAAUGGGCUCUUGUACUAAACGGAUCUUGUAGAAUUCAGGCCGUAAACGAAGAUGGACAGACAUUUAUCGACGACGUCGGUAAAGGGGAUGUGUGGUUUUUCCCAGCAGGAAUCCCGCAUAGCAUUCAAGCACUCGAGGACGGCGUCGAGUUCAUGCUCGUCUUUGACAGUGGCUCAUUCUCCGAGACAAAUACCUUCCUAGCAACAGAGAUCUUUGCGCACAACCCAAGAGAAGUCUUAUCUAAAGACCUCGGCGUCCCUGUCUCCUCCUUCCAAAAUAUUCCCUCCGACAAACUCUUCAUCUUCCCCGGCACACCAGCACCCACAGACAUCCAAGCCCAAAACAUCACCGGGUCAGCAGGCUCCGUCCCACAAACCCAAAGUUACUCAUACCACUUCUCCGAACAACCAGCCCGACAACUCGAGGGCGGAAGCGUCAAAAUCCUCGAUCCACUAAGUUUCCCAAUUGCUUCAAGCUUUUCUGCUGCACUCGUGACCAUCAACCCUGGGGGUUUGAGGGAGAUUCACUGGCAUACGUCAAGCGAUGAAUGGACAUUCUUCAUCCAGGGACAAGGCCGCGCGACGCUAUUCACGCCACCAAGUGAGGCUACGACGUUUGAUUAUCUAGCGGGCGAUGUGGCAUAUUUCCCCAAGUCGAAUAGUCACUACAUUGAGAAUACAGGGGAUGAGGUUUUGAUUGUUUUGGAGGUUCUGCAGGCGGAUCAUUAUUCUGACAUGUCUCUCGCGCAGUGGGUUGGGUUGACGUCCAAGCAGAUUGUGCAGGAUACGUUGAAUUUGACGGAUGAGACGUUGAGUCAGUUUACAACAGAGAAGAAGAUUGUUGUUUCAUAG